AUGAACGUACCCGUACCAUUGCCAACUGGUUCACAGUCACUUUCCGAACAAAAAAAAAUCGCCGACUGUCUGUCUUCUCUGGAUGACCUGCUCACAGCAGAAGUCCAGAAAUUGAAUGUGUUAAAAGAAUAUAAAAAAGGCCUGUUGCAACAGCUUUUUCCUCGGGAAGGUGAAACUGUACCACAGAAGCGUUUUCCGGAAUUUCGAGGUACGGUGUCCACCUUGCCUCUAGAAACUGUUGCUGAUUUUGUGAGCGAGAAGAUCUCCAUCAAUAAAAUCACUCCAGCUCAUUAUGUAAGUACAGAAAACUUGCUGUCUGACUUCGGCGGCAUAAACUUGGCUACUAAAUUGCCAUCAGUUUCAUCAGUUACGAGCUUCAGACCUAAAGACAUUCUUGUUUCGAAUAUUCGCCCAUAUCUUAGAAAAGUCUGGCAAGCAAAUGUAUGUGGCGGAGCGUCAAAUGAUGUGCUUGUUAUUAGACCCACUGAGCGUGUCGGAUCUAACUACUUGGCUGUAGUACUCCGAAGUAACUUCUUCAUUGAUUAUGUGAUGCGUGGUGCCAAGGGAGUCAAGAUGCCUCGCGGAGAAAUUUCGAUGAUUAGACAGUUUCCAGUGCCGACCCCUUGCUCUGUUGAACAACAAAAAAUCGCAGAUUGCCUAUCUUCGCUCGAUGAUCUCAUCACCGCCCAAAGCCACAAAAUCGAUGCUCUGAAAACCCACAAAAGGGGCCUAAUUCAGCAGUUAUUCCCUGUACUGAAUGAGGUCCCCGCAUGA